AAGUGAAGAGAGAGAAGCAAAAAAAUUGGCCUCGAAACUCGAAUCCCAACAAAGAAGCACCCGCCACAGAGUUCUCAUAGCUUGGCGGUUCUGUGUGACCCUUUUCUCCAUUGUCAUCGAUUUUCAUAUCUCAUCUUCACUUUCACAACAAACCCUAAUCCCCCAUUUUUGUUCCUCAAAAACCCUUUUCCAAGGGGGGUUCCGUUUGGGGGAAGAUGGAACAACAAAGCACCGCUAUAAUUUUAGCAAGAGCCACGGAGCUGAGGCUAAAGAUUAGAAGCUCUGUUAACACCGCUACCACCACCAGUUCCGCGGUCACUUCCCGGGAUGAUCGGUUUUCUGUGGAUGAAAAUAAUGGCGUUGUUGUUUCCCGCCGGAGUGAGGCCGAUGCGAGUGCUGGGGAGGUGGAGGAAGAUGAGGAAGCGGUGAGGCUUUUGAACAUCUGUGAUGCACUUGAAUCUCUUGAGAAUCAGCUUUCUUCGUUGCAGGCUUUACAACAACGGCAAAGGUAUGAGAAAGAAGUAGCCCUUUCCGAGAUCGAACAAAGCCGCAAGAUUUUACUGGAUAAACUGAAGAAGUACAAAGGAGGAGAUUUGGAAGUUAUACACGAGGCUUCAGUUUUUGUUGGUGAGACAGUGCAGCACAACCAGGAUCUCAUGCUUCCUCCAUAUCCAAGCCAUCUUGGUAAUGGCUACUUACAUCCCUUCCCGUCUGGACACAAGUCUGUGAGUAAUGGGCUAAUCGACGCCACAACAAAUAAAGCUACAGACGAACUUCACGAAUCAGAAAGGAAACAAUCAAAAUCUGAUUCCUGGAACUCGAAGAAUGGAUUGGGACCUUUCAUUAGUAUAGCUGCAAAAUCAGUGGUUACCAUUGUUGGCAUAGUAUCCAUACUCCAUUUGACUGGUUUUAGACCAAAGUUUAUAGGGAAGGUUGCUGCUUUGAAGGUUUUCGACGUUUUUCGACAGUCUGCAGCUGGAAAUAAUGGAUCACACAACGAAUGUCCUCCCGGUAAAUUCCUUGUGAUGGAAGGUGAGGAAGCUCGAUGCAUAGUGAAAGAGAGAAUUGAAGUUCCAUUUUCUUCAGUUGUGGCUAAACCAGAUGUAAACUAUGGAAGCGGGUAACGGUUUCAAUCCCACACUCGUGUGUGAGGGUUGUGUUUUCUGAAAGGUCUUUAAUUAUUCUAAUUUUUACCUUCUUCAAUAAUUAGUUGCUCUGCAAAGAAAAGUUUUGGUUCACCUUGUCAUAUGCCAUACAAUAAUAGAUGUUCUAAUUAUCUGCAUUCAUGGAAAAAAGUUGGAAGAAAGUAUUGUUAGUUAAAAAACAUACAAAAACUUUACUCUUCAA